AUGAUACACAAAAACGAAAAGGUUAAAGAAAUGUACGAUGCGAUUGAUCCUUAUAUCAAACAGAGGCCACAAGACGUCAGCUAUCCGAAUUACCGCCAAUACGACGACACGCCACAAGAGGAACUCGAGAGUCAGUUUAAUGUCUACGAAUACCCACACAAUGACAUUGACAAGCUUCGUGAGAAACGUCAAGACGCACCGACCCCAGCGCCUGAUGCUGAUUCGAAGCCACCAGAAAAAACGGAGACAGAGUAUGAAACAUAUCAUACCCCACUUUACGCCAUCACAGCAUUCUUCACUCUUUUGCUGAUAGUUGGACCAUUGAUGGUGAAAAAAGGACCAAACCGUGGGAUAGUGCAAGCUUGCGUCAUGCUAACCGCAUUCUGCAUGUGGAUCUUCUGGUUCACAAUCUAUUUUGGUCAAAUGAAUCCCCUAAUGGGACCUCGUCUCGAAAACACUACAGUCGCUUGGAUCGCAUACAAAUUAGUAAGCACUUCAUCACUUUUAAUAAUUCCAGCUAACGAACAACUAUAA